UCUCAAAGAUCAGAAGAACACUUCCCUUCCAAAACUAAACCGUAACAAAUAUAUGGUGACUGAUGGAGCUGCAUACAUUGGUAAUUUUGAUUGGGUAGGAAAUGCUUUUACGCAGAACGCUGGAGCAGGCCUCGUUAUCAACCAAGCAGACGCGGGGAACAGCACAAGCAUCAUAAAGCAACUCAAGGCUGUUUUUGAAAGAGACUGGUAUUCACAUUAUGCCAAAAGUUUACAACCAACAAAAAUGCCAAACUGCUUUAAUCACAAACUCAGUAAAGCAACAUCAAAUAAGACUGCCAUGAGCAAUGUGAACUAGAGAGACUAUUUUACUGUUUAGUAUGGCAAUGAAGAAUUACAUUGGGGUGUAGCCCUCUUUCAUAUUUACAGACAAAAGACUUCAGAAA